AUGCACAUGGCACGGUCGUCUGCACUCCCUGUGUCUCUGCACGCUUCAUGCACAGCCUUGCAUAGCACGCACAUUGUUUACCACACUCGCCGCGCCCCUCCACACUGCAUGCACGGCUAUCCACACGACGCGCCCAGCUUACCACACUUCCCGCAUUCCCUCCACACGACACAUUCCUUCACCCCCUCCACACCUCCCCACUCCCCGCCGCUCAUCCACACCGCACACGUAGUCCUCCCCACCCCCUUGACAGCCCUCCACACUGCAUUCACUGAUCUUCACACCCCCACUUCUCCCCACACUGUGUACACAACCCCCUCACUCACCCUACACCCUUCACCUUGUACAAACAACCUUUCGCACUCCAUGUCGCCGCGCCAAAAGGUAGUAGUACCCGCGCCCUCCUCCCCCACCCCAUGCACCAGCCGUCCAGGGCCCCGUGUGUCCAGUCCCCCUCCAUUAACCCGCAUCACCGGCCGAGUGACUCACAGGGGCGUGGUUAAUGACUGCCCCAAACCCACGCUUCGCUCCCCUGCCGUCACGCUGAUCCAGGCCAUCCCCGUCACGCUGCUCAACGAAAUUCGAACAUUGCGACCACCGCUCUAG